AGUUCACGGGAUCGAUUUAUAGUCAAACCCAUAAAGUUAACACCUUUCAAUCUAGCGAACUCCGCCGUCAACUCCAUGGCCUCACGCCACCACCACGCCUGCUCACAAAGCCAUAACCACCACAAUCAAAUCCCUCUAGUCCCCACGUCUCCACACUGCUGCACCCACUCCAACCACCCUUCGCCACCACCACCUGAUACUCUUCUCCAUCUCCUCGCUUCCUACCUCCAAACCCAUCAACAAGAAACACACUUUCCUAACCAAACCUGCUCCUGCAACCAAAACAACGUUCCACGACAACAACACGACCAAGUCAUCCUCUCCUGUCUCCUACGCAAAAUCGAUGCUCUCGAGUCAUCUCUCAACAAGUUCGCACCUUUCCACGACCAACGCCGCGACCGACACUCCACAGUAAGAGACUCCGCGGCGAGAGUCAUCCAAACCCACUUCCGCUCUUACCUUGUUCAGAGAUCCAUCUCCUUCAGAUAUCUCAAGGAGCUCGCAGUGAUCAAAUCCAGCUUCUUGUCUCUCAAGUCUUCGGUUUCGGGCAAACCCAUUUUCCCUUACAAGGUUGUUUCUCGGAAAGCUACGGACUUGCUUCUUCAAUUGGAUUCGAUUCAGGGUAGGGUUGAUCCAAUGAUACGGAGUAGUAAGAGAUCUUUGAGCAGAGAUCUUGUGAGGUUUUUGCAGUACGUUGAUGAUUGUGUUGUUAGAAGGUAUGCUGCUGAUGUGAGCUUUGUGGGUAGCCACAGCAAAAGGCCUCAGGGUUUUGGUGUUGUUGAAGAGAGAAGAGUAGAGAAGUUGAGAAACCGAAUGGGGAAAGUCUUUGUUACUUGUGAUGAGGGUGAAGAGUUGGACUCCACUACUGAUGACAGUGAAGAAGUCUCUAUUGAUAAGAGAAAGAGUGGUAGCUCUAAGUUUAGAACUGGGGCCAAUGUAGUGAAGCCUACUGUUAGGAAGACCAUGGUACUUGACAAGAACAGGACUGUGUAUCAGGAUGAGUCAGUUGAUAGUAGCGAGGAAGAAACCCUUGUGGUAACCAGGGAUAAUGAAAGGAAGCACCAUGGUUUGAAAACUAGGAAGAUGGUUUUGGUGAAAGAAGGUGGAGGAAAGAGCCGUGUGGUGAAAACUGUGAGGUUUGAUGAGGAUGGGAAUGUGUACAAGGUUUAUGGAGAUACGCCAGAGGCGAGCAGCAUUAGCGAGGAGGGAGAUGACUCAACAAGCGGAUCAAAUGAUGGUAAUGGAGACAAGAAAGGGAAUGAAGUUGAGGAAAUCAAGUAUGUGCCUAAGGAAAAAGAGGGCUUUGAAGAAGAAGAAGAAGAAGAAGAAGAAGAAGAAGAAGAAGAAGAAGAAGAAGAAGAAGAAGAAGAAGAAGAAGAAGAAACUCAAUCUGAAAAAGAAGUCUCUUCUUCAGAAGGCAGUGAAAGGGACGCAACGGGAAGUAAUGAACACAAGAAGAGGCAGAUCCAGGUUCAAAAAGGAAACUUAAUGGUCUCUCCUCCAUUGCCACUAAAAAUGGAACCUUAACCAGUGAAUCAUGAAAGAUCCAAGUCCUCUUCUUCUUUGGUUAUGCAUGGCUUUUAGUCUCUUCCCUGAACCCAAAUAAGGUUAACUUUCUUUGUUGUAGAAACUGUAACAUAAGCAGAUGGUUCAAGAUUAGGUUGCAACAUCCUCUGGGAAGAUCUGUGAGAGUUUUUUAAAUUCUUGGUUUGCUGAUUCUGUGUCUUUUUUUUAAUUCUCCACGAAACUUUUGAGUUGAGCAUUUUCUUCAUAGAUAUUCUUUUGAGUGUUGGUUUCCUUAGUUGCCUGUGGAGAUCAACUCAAUAAGAAGUUCUGUUUCUUGCAUUGUUCUUGAGUGUGUGUAAUAUAUUAUGCUUCUAAAAUAUAAGUUGUAUCAAUCGAACCAUAUAGUAUCAGUAGUACCGUUAUUGGAUCUU